AUGGUUUCUUUCCCCACGGCGGAGCUUCAAUUCAAUUACCUUUCACGACAAUAAUUUCCCACCUUAUUCCUCUGUUUCGAAUAUCUAUCACUAAUUACCUAUUCUUAUCCUUCCGUUCAUAUUAACUUUCAUUUCUUACUGACCACGCCACAAUGAGUUCCAUCCGGCGCAUGUCCCCAACGGACUUACUCUCCCUCAACCUCACGAAUCUCGACCCAUUAACGGAGAACUAUGACCUGGGUUUCUACCUCAAUUACCUCAUGCGGUGGCCCUCCCUCUUCAGCAGCGUCCAAGACCGCCGGGAAGGCAUCGUCGGUUACAUCAUGGGAAAGACCGAAGAACAACACCCAUCUAUGCGUCACUCCGAACACUAUACUCCCUGGCACGGCCACAUCACCGUCUUAACAGUGGCGCCCGCAUGGCGUCGGCUUGGCCACGCUCGCCGUCUCACGGAGCGACUCGAGCGUGGAUCUGACAUCAACGACGCCUGGUUUGUUGACUUGUACGUCCGAGCUGGGAAUAAGAUAGCGGUGGAUAUGUAUAAGGGAAUGGGAUACUCUGUAUUCCGACGGGUGGUUAAUUACUAUAGCGAUGAUCCGACAGGGAUGUCGGAUUCCGGUGAAGACGCAUUUGAUAUGCGGAAACCCUGCUCUCGAGAUAAGAAUCUACAACAUGUGCGGGAGAAUGGCGAGGAUUUCCUUGUUAGUCCGGAGGAUGUUUCAUAGAGUUCCUGGUCCGCUUCGAUGUUUGAUUGGGUGUGCGCAUCUUAAAAAGCUCGGUAUAUCUUAGCAUUGAGGUGUUUAGGUGUUAUCUUUGACCUCUCCCUUUUGCAGUGCUUCGCGUUCUACUAGAUAAUGUUGAUGUAAAUGUGUACGGAGUAAUGAAAACGGCAGUGAGUGGAACGUACGCUCUAGGAAUGUUUCUGGCGCUUAGAAUACUGUAGCGUCAAACGUACUGAAAUUCUAGUCUAUCUAUUCAACAUUAUGUAUAUACGUGCAAAUUCUAUCGCAAAUCUCUAUGAAAGCAUGCAACUUUUGUAGGACCCAAAACU